UCAAAUGUGGUGGUGAUGUAGAGGUUGGUAUGCCUGUGCCGGAAAUGCAUGCGCAAUUGUUCGCCGCCAUUUUGUGGUUGUGUGUUGGCGUCCCAAAAAGUUUGAGUGUGUUUUUUGGUGUUUUUCUUGGAAGAAAAUAGGAAAAAUUGGUGUUGUGGGUUGAAAGUCCUAAUCAUGGCAAAUAGAAGACUUGGUGGAAUGGGCGGACCUCAAAGAGGCAAUCGCUCGUUUUCUCAGCAUCAGCCGUUUCAAGGGAGCAAUGUUAACCCCUGGCAGGGGAACAUGCCUUCUAACAAUUCAUUGAACCCUUCGGGUUUGCUAGGGCAGUUGGCUGCAAAUCCCCAACAACUAGCUCUUGCUUUAACCAACUUACUACAGCCCCAGCAACAACAAAUGAACAAUCCACCGUCAUUACUUUCUUUGAAUACGUCUCCUGCUUUUUCUCCUCACCAAGAUAGCCGCGAUUCAUUUAAUCGGUUUGGUAACAGAGGCCGGUCUGAUUUCAGACGAAAUGAGCCUUACAAUAAGAACCGAAAUGGGGGUUGGCGUCAAUUGGACUCGAAUAAAAAUUCGGGGACUAACCGAAAUCGCAGUUCUUUCACCGGUCGCGAUAACCACAAACGUUCACCAACUAAACCGAAAUAUGUCAAAGAUGAAAAACGCAAACCUGAAGCACGAAAAGAAGAAAAAGAAAAAACAAAAGACGAUAAAUUAGCAACAAUUGACUUGUCAAGUGAAGAUAUAAGAGAUGAUGAUGGUGCUGAGGAGACAAAACGAGGUUGGAAGGAAGAAAAGAAGACUGAUGAUCAAAAAGAAGAAGAAGAUGAAUCAGAAGAACAAAAACAGGAGGAAGAACCGAGAGAUCUUGAUGGAAAUUACUACGGGGUGCCACAAAAAUUCUUGCAUUGUUUUGUUUGUAAUAAGGAUAUGUGGGAUGGGGAGUCGUUCCAGAAGCACAUCAGAGGUCGUGCCCACAGACAGAUGUUGAACAGUCUUGAAGAGAGUUUCCUAGUGACUGUUAAUAUUUUACGCGAAAAUAUGCGCUUGUCUGAGGAGAAGAAAGUCAUUGAAUUGAAUCGAAUGCAUCGUCUUCUCAAGGAUAAAUUUAUACGGAAAUAUCAAGAACCGGAGAGUCAUUGCAACAUGUGCGAUUUGAAAUUUCUAGGAAAGAUUAUUGCACAUCGCAAGACUGAAGGUCAUCAACGUCUGAAACGUUUCUUGCACCCCAAUUGUGAUAUAUGCGGGAAAGAAUUCCCCUCGCGUAUGGAUUGGGUUGAUCAUCGGUUGACCCCAGAUCAUUUGCGGACCCUUAAUGAAGUGCUUGAGAGUAAAGUUGGAGGAGAAGAUGGUGAUGUUAUUGAAGAAGAGUUGGAAAUUGAUUUGGAGCCGCUUUUGGAGGAAAGCAUCCAAAUGGAGGAAGAGAAUCCCAUUUUGGAGUUGUCUGAUGAAUUGAAUAAUUUACAGAAUCGCAUACCAGCGUAUAAGAAAAAUCGUCCAAUUGCCACACAGAGUUUGAAACCUUUUUCCGGUUUCAUGUGUGAAAUAUGUCACAAGAGUUUUGAAAAUGAGAAAUAUGCUCAGGCACACUUGAGGACUGAAGCACAUUAUUACGCUUUCGUUGGGACCGUCAAGGCUAAAUAUAAGAAGCAGUCUGAAGAGACAGCAAAAGACGCAGAAAAUAAGAAACGUAGACGUGAUUUGGACGGUCAAGAGGCGUGUCAUGAGGAAGCCCCAGAGGAGGAACCGGAAAAUUUCAAACAAGAAAUGUAUGAUCCGGAAGAAGCUUGUAACGAUGAGGAUGUGUCAAUGAAGACCGAAUCUGAACAAGUUCAGGAACCAGUUGUUAAAGAGGAACCACCAGUUGUUGCAGCUGUGGAAGAAGAACAGAAAGAGGAAGUGUCGCAAAUUACGGCUAAUUCGCCACGGCUUACACGUCGAUCAGGGGGCGCGGUUAAAAAUGGUGCCGGUCCUAAAAGCAAGAAGAUACGUAAGCAGUAAAAUUUUCAGAUUCUAGGUUAGUCUAAUGGAUGCUUCAUAAUUAAUUUUUUUCUAGUUUAGGAUACGUAAUUGUCUGUAAUAAGUGACAGUGUUGAAAUAUAUUCAUAAUGGGA